AUGCCGGACCCCAAGGUCAUCGCCGUCCACGACCUCCCCACCGCAGACGCAAAGUGGGUCAAACUCAAAAAGUGCACCUGGCAGGAUCCGGACGGCACAGAGAGGCUCUGGGAGUACGCCGAACGACCGACGCGGUCUGCAGGGGGCAUAGACGCCGUUGCCAUUCUUGCACUCCUCCGUUCGCAAUCAGGUGCAUUUGCGCCCUCCACGGUCAUCAUUGAGCAGUUCCGCCCGCCCGUGGAACGCUUUGUGGUCGGUCUAAUUGAUAAAUCCGAGAGCCCAGAGCAAGCCGCGAUCCGUGAGCUCGAGGAAGAGACUGGGCUCAAGGCAUCGGCAGUCAUCGGCUCGACUCCGGUGAUGGUGUGCGACCCUGGCAUGACGAAUGCCAACAUGAAGUUGGUGACAAUCGAAGUAUCUUUCCCUGACAAGCUGGAGAUGGCACCUCAGAAGCUGGAACCCGGCGAGUAUAUUGUUGUGCGCGUCGUUGAGCUCUCCAAGCUGGGAGAAGUGCUGAGAGGCUCGCUAUUGCAGAAAUUCGUCGUUGAUGCGCGGCUUGAGCAUCUCGCGUCCGGUUACGAGCUUGCAGAGAAACUCCGCCAUUAG